AUGGCAAUUGCUUUGGCUGAGGCAGACAAGUAUGAAGUCUUGGAGAAGAUUGGGUGCGGUUCAUUCGGCAUUAUCCGCAAGGUCAAACGGAAAUCCGAUGGCUUCAUACUAUGUCGCAAAGAAAUCAAUUACAUCAAAAUGUCGCAGAAGGAGCGCGAACAGCUCACUGCCGAAUUCAACAUCCUGAGCUCCCUCCGACACCCGAACAUUGUCGCCUAUUACCAUCGUGAACAUCUCAAAGCAAGCCAGGAUCUGUACCUGUACAUGGAAUACUGCGGCGGUGGUGAUCUAAGCAUGGUUAUUAAAAACUUGAAGAAGACAAACAAAUAUGCAGAAGAGGAGUUCGUUUGGCGCAUUUUAUCCCAGCUGGUAACAGCGCUAUACCGGUGUCAUUAUGGAGCGGACCCGAUUGACGUGGGAUCGAAUAUACUGGGCCCGGCUCCCAAGCCCUCUGGUCUCAAAGGCAAGCAGGCGCAGAUGACUAUCCUGCACCGUGACUUGAAGCCCGAAAACAUCUUUCUUGGCAGUGACAAUACGGUCAAACUCGGUGACUUUGGCUUGUCCAAGCUAAUGCACUCGCAUGACUUCGCAUCGACCUAUGUCGGCACUCCAUUUUACAUGUCACCGGAGAUCUGCGCUGCAGAGAAGUACACCCUCCGGUCUGAUAUCUGGGCUGUCGGUUGCAUCAUGUAUGAGCUCUGCCAGAGAGAACCUCCCUUCAACGCCAAGACGCAUAUUCAGCUGGUCCAAAGAAUCCGAGAAGGGAAAUAUGCUCCUCUUCCGGAUUUCUACUCACCAGAAUUGAAGAAUGUGAUUGCUAGUUGCUUGCGUGUCAACCCGGACCAUCGACCAGACACCGCCACUCUAAUCAAUCUUCCUAUCAUUCGCCUGAUGCGGAAAGAGAAGGAAGUGGUUGACCUUGGGAAGACGCUCCGGAAGCGUGAGGAAGCUGCAUCGCAGAAGGUCAAAGAAAUGGAGCAAGCCUUUGCGAAGCUUGAAAGGGAGAAACAGCAAAUGAAAACAGAAAUUGAGAACACCGUGCGCCGAGAGUGGGAGGUAAAGGCAAGGCUUGAGAUCGACCGUCAGGUACAGAAUGAACUUGACAAGUUACGCAAGAGGUUUGAAUUCGAGGUACAAGAAAGAGUGAACAUCGAAGUUGAGAAGCAAAAGCGGAACAACAGUUCGAGGGACGAUACGGUCCUCCCAACGGGCAGUUCUCAGUCUUCUGUUAAUAACGGAGAUGACACUGGCUUCCCCUCCAGCACCGACAUCAGCCAGUUGUCCAUCGAGUCUCCUACAGCCAGCGCAAACAAGCAACCAAAGAAGGAAACUAGGACGCCCUUCAGUCGCUCGAAGACAGUGGUUGAAUCGCCUGUUGACGUGCAGAUGGCUGAGCCGUCACCAAUCUCCAUAGCAUCACUCUCUUUGUCCCCCCGCCGUACCUCAGCGGCAAGCAAGAAUAUCUUUGCGGAGGCGGACAAGCAGCGGGCAAAGUGGGAACCAACUCUAGCUUACUCUGAUGACGAAGAUGAUAUACCCGACCUUCCCUCACCUACCCGACACAGGGUCAAACAUGAUCCUCUCAAGGGUCCGGCACGUCCUCUGCUCCGACAGAACACUACUGGGUUGAUGCAGAAGUUAAGCUCCCAGCCGCCCCUCUUCCCUUCCAAUUCCUCCAGAUUGCCCCAGAUGCCAGGUGGUCCGUCCGAAACUCGUCAUGGAGAGAAGUCUAGAUCACCCCAUCGGCGUCUGUCUAAAAUCCCCUCAUCGGCGAACCUUGCUGCUGAUGCCGGGUCGCCAACCCGCAAGAGCGCUACUAAACAACUUCCAUCAAAAGCGAAUGGCGGUGGUGAAGAGAUGUUCAAAGCGGUCAUGCAACGCAACAUGGGUGGCCGAACAUUGGUUGAACUUGCCCAGGCAAGGGCUGGUGGACGGCCCAUGGAUGAAGUCAAACGGUGCGCAAGUGAUUCUCGAGCUUCGGGCUGCUCCUCGAAUCUGAGAUCUUCCGACCGUGAGCCUCCUGCCGUUUGGGAUCCAGAGAAGGACGAGAUGCCCAGUCCAUUCCUGGCUCGUGGCAGAAAGGUCAUUCGGAACUUCAGGUAA